AUGACACAUUCUACAAACACUAUACACAAGAAGAAGAGCAAUCCUCAGUACAGGCUUGCACUGGAUGUCCAAAAAAUAUACAACAGAACCUGGAACAAGCAACAGAGUGUACCUUCAUUGUUGCAAAACAACAGGCA